AUGGCGGCUAAGUACGGCCUAAUGCUACAUCAGAUGGACGUCAAGACAGCGUUUCUUAACGGCUCCCUCAACGAAGACAUCUACAUGGACCAGCCGGACGGAUACCUGGAUGCAACACAGCCGGACUAUGUGUGCAAGCUAAAGAGAUCACUCUACGGCUUGAAGCAAUCGCCUCGCAUGUGGAACCAAACAAUCGAUGGGUUCAUGAUCAAGAUGGGAUUCAAGAAGUGCGAAUCGGACCACUGCAUCUACAUCAAGCGAGACGACCAAGACAUGAUUCUCGUGGUACUCUACGUCGAUGAUCUCAUCCUGGCCAGCAGCAACAACGAACUCCUCAAGUCAACCAAGAUGGCGCUGAGCAAACGCUUCGAAAUGACGGAUCUCGGUGAGCUCGAUUACUUUCUCGGCAUGGAGAUCAAGAACGACCGUAAGACGGGAAUGGUGACUGUACAACAAACCAAGUUUCUCAAGUCCGUGUUAACCAAGUUCGGAAUGGAUAACAGCAAGCCAGUGAAGACGCCUCAAGAUCCCGGCCUGAAGCUAACCAAGAACAUAAGUGAACAAGAAUGCAAGCACGAAGACACCAUGUGCAACGUGCCAUAUCGAAGUGCUGUCGGAGGCAUCAUGUAUCUCAUGGUCGCCACACGUCCGGAUCUAGCUGCUGCAGUGGGAUCAUUAUCCCAGUUCUCGUCCGACCCAUGCCCGACUCACUGGCAAGCUUUGAAGCGUGUGCUGAGAUACCUGCAAGCAACGCCCAAUCAUGGUCUUGAGUUUACACGUGAAGAAGGAAGCCGUAUCUGCGGGUACACCGACGCAGACUGGGCCGGCGACAUUGAGUCAAGACGAAAUACAAGCGGCUAUGUGUUCAUGAUGAGCGGAGGAUGCAUCAGCUGGAAAAGCCAGAAACAACGGACGGUCGCGCUAUCUUCAACAGAAGCAGAAUACAUGGCGCUUUCCGAAGCAACCAAAGAAGCAGUAUGGCUCAAAGUGCUUUUGGGGGAACUUGGUGAGAUGACAAGCGACGAAGCGAUCAAGAUGUAUGAAGACAACCAAGGAUCAAUCGCUCUCGCCAAGAACCCGGAGUUCCAUAAGAGAACAAAACACAUCGACAUACGCUACCAUUUUGUGCGUGAGAAGGUGGAAUCAGGUGAAGUCGUUUUGGAGUAUUGCCCGACUCAAGAUAUGCUGGCAGACAUGAUGACCAAGCCGAUCGCCGCUGUACAAUUUGAAAACAUUCGCGAUCGACUUGGGAUCCAAGGUGCCGCAGCUAACGAGUCGAGAGGGAGUGUUGAAAAGACAGCGGCUGUGAAGAAGACACCUCGUCAAGCUGCGUCAAGUGUUGAAGCAAGUGGAAGACCAAGCUUCGCUAUACCGGUGGGUACCGGUAUGUACCAGUAA